AUGCGUGGAUUCGUCGCAGAAUUUGCGAUUCUGGCGCUUCUCGUGUUGAAUCUCUCGUGCCCCGCGCAAUCUGCCGACAAUGCGCCUUCUCCGUCACCUUCGUCGGCCAAAACGUCGCCGCCGCCGACGAGUAAGGCCACUCCUCCGACGAGUUCGGCCACUCCUCCGACGAGUUCUGUCGCGCCUCCUGCCAAGUCUCCAGCAGCAUCACCAACAUCCUCACCGCCCGCAUCUGCUCCGAAAAUUUCUCCGGCGACGUCGACUGCUCCUUCGGUUCCACCCUCCAAGUCUCCGGCCGCCGCUCCUCCGUCCGGCGCGUCUGCUCCGGUUCAAUCUCCGGCCACUGCUCCUCCGACCCCUCAGACCCCGGCUACGGCACCUGUGAGCACUCCUUCCACGACCCCGGCGAGCGCUCCCACCGCGACCCCGGCAAGCGCUCCUACCGCAGCAGCGCCAGCCGUUUCCCCAGCGUCCGCACCGGUCAGUUCUCCGCCAGCCGCGGAAGUACCAGCAAGUGCCGCGACUCCCGAGGCGGCCGGCAUUCCUUCGAGCUCAGCGACGCCUGCGGAGUCGCCAGCGAUGUUCCCGAGCACCGGAAGCCCGCCGAGCCCAAUGCCGGAGAGCAUAUCGCCGGACACCGCUGCGAGCCCGGUGAACGACGAGUCCGGCUCAAGUUCGAUCCGAGCCGUGGUGAUUUGGAGUGGAUUGGCUGUGUGGGCCGCCCUGGCUAUCUAG